UUUAGAGCAGCCGUCCAACCCCGUCUCCUCCUGGCCAUGACCUACAUUUCCCAGCAUGCCCCGCGCUCCUCCUUCCUUCCUGCAGCCCUCAGCCGGAGAGGAAGAUGACGAUCAGUCCGCCGACACUCGACCGAGUCUGAACCGAGUCUGAACCGAGUCUCACCUCCGGCGGAAUGGAGACGGACCCGAGCCCGAACUCAGCUGCACUUCUCCGGCCUUGAACCUGACGCGACCACCGCUGGAGCCGCGGAGCUCCGGAGCCUGGAGGAGCGGCGGGUGGAGCUGCAGCCUGCCGGGCCGAGCCGAGCCGGGCCGAGCCGAGCCGGGCCGUCAUCUCCCUUCACUGCGGAGGAUGCUCAGCUAGCUGCAGGACCGAAGCCUCGACAGACCCGCACCCUGGAGCCAGAGCCGACCCCCCCCUGCCCCCUCAGUGUCCCCGCCGGCGGCAGCAUGGAGCGCUCCGGCAGCAUCCAGCUCGACAUCCCGGACUUCAGUAACUCGGUUCUGUCUCACUUGAACCAGCUCCGUGUACAGGGCCGUCUCUGCGACAUCGUGGUCAAUGUUCAGGGCCAGAGCUUCCGUGCCCACAAGGUGGUCCUGGCCGCGAGCUCACCGUACUUCCGGGACCACAUGUCUCUGAGCCAGAUGAGCACGGUGUCCCUGACAGUGAUCCGAAACCCGUCCGUGUUCGAGCAGCUGCUGUCCUUCUGCUACACGGGCCGGCUCUGCCUGCAGCUCGCCGACAUCAUCAGCUACCUGACAGCGGCCAGCUUCCUGCAGAUGCAGCACAUCAUCGAUCGCUGCACCCAGAUCCUGGAGGGCAUCCACCUGAAGAUCAGCCUCGCCGAACUGGAUGAGGAGUCCAGGGAGGAGGAAGCGCGGGGGUCCAGGGGGGGCAGGACCCUGGAGGCGGUGGUCCGAGGGGGGGGUCUUCGCGGUGAUCUGCGGCUCCUUGGCCCACGAGGCGGUGCAGAGGCACGUGAAGCCAUCAGCCCCGCUGAAGAGCCGAUCAGCCCCCCCUCUACCGCGGAGCACCGUGGGCUGGAGGUGGCUGCUGCUGGAAGAGCAGGCAAAGAACCGAUCCUUCGCAUCAACCGGGCUGGUCAGUGGUACAUGGAGACGAGCAGCGAGCCGGAGAGGAGCCGCAGCGCGGAGGAGGCCGGCAGCGUGGACGGAGUUAGGAUCAAGACGGAGAGGAUGGAGGAGUGGAUCGGAGACGGAGAGCAACAGGAAGAGGAGGAGCAGGUGGAGGAAGGGACCACGGUGAUGAUCGACACGUCAGGACGCAGCACGCUGGUGACCGGGCCGGUGGGAGCGCUGGGGACCCGGAGCGUCCAGCCGUCCUCCAGCUUCAGCGAGACAGACAGGUUCAGUCCCGCCGGCAGCGUGGUCGUCCUGGCGGAACGUCAGAGAGCGAAGAGUGAGUCUCCCAGCCGGGCAGACGAAGUGCGACAGCCCAACUCCCAGGGGGAGGAGCAUGCAGCGUUUGAUAUGGGAGGUUACGAGGACUACCUGAGGGAACAAGUAGGAGACCGCUGGUUCCGCUACAACCCCCGACUCACCUGCAUCUACUGCUGCAAGUCCUUCAAUCAGAAGGGCAGUCUGGACCGCCACAUGCGCCUGCACAUGGGUAUCACACCAUUUGUCUGUCGUAUUUGCGGGAAGAAGUACACCCGCAAGGACCAGCUGGAGUACCACAUCCGCAAGCACACGGGCAACAAGCCCUUCCACUGUCAUGUGUGCGGCAAGAGCUUCCCCUUCCAGGCCAUCCUCAAUCAGCACUUCCGCAAGAACCACCCUGGCUGUGCCCCCCAAGAGGCUCACAGCGCUUCCCCCGAAACCACCACCACCUCCGUCACGUCCAGGGGGGGUCCGAGCGCCGAGGCUUCUCCUAGCCAGGAAGAGCCAGAGGGUGCGGGCAGUGGUGGUGGGAGCAGCAGCGGCGGAGGCCAGUAUAGUGAGGGCCCCCAGGCCUCGGUCUCCACCACCGGGCCUGACUGACCCGGAGAGGUUGAA